AUGGCGAGCGUGCAGCAGGGUGAGAAACAGCUCUUUGAGAAGUUCUGGCAAGGGACCUUCAAAGCCGUGGCCACCCCCCGGCCCGAGAGCAUCAUCGUCGCCAGUAUCACCGCCCGCAAACCUCUCCCAAGCACUGAAACUCAGAGCUGUGUGGCAUAUCCAGCUGAGGAGGGACCCCCCAAAAAGCUAAGACAGCAUACAACUCAGGAGGCCUCCAUUGCCAAUGGCUGGGAGCAGGGAAAGGCUAGCCAGGAGCUCACAUCCACCAGGACACCCAGUGCUUUCCGGGACAAGGACUUUACCCCACCGCCUUCCUCCAGGGGCAAGAAGAAAAAGAAGAAAUCGGCCCGGAAGAAGCGAAGGAGGUCCCCUUCCUAUAGUCCAUCUCCGGUAAAAAAGAAGAAGAAGAAAAGUUCAAAGAAGCACAAGAGAAACAGGUCUUUCUCCAAGAAGAGAAGACACAGUUCCUCAAGCCCCAAAAGCAAAAGAAAGAAAGAAAGAAAACACCAGAAACAGGCUAAGAUGUCUGGAAAGGUAGAUACAAAUUCAUCUCUGCUGCCCUCUUUUUGAUCAAUUUCCCAAAGAUCUCGAAGUCGGCCUCGAAAAUCUCACCGCCAUCGUCACCGCCGCUGUCACUCUCGGUCACCCAGCUCUGAGUCACGCUCCUCCAGCUGCGAGAGCAGGCACAGGGCCAAGUCCCCCGAAGAAGGGCCUAAAUCCAAGCGGAGGCGCCCACGGCCCUGCUCUAAGGCUGUCCAAAAGGGAACUGCGAGCCGUGGUGAGACCCGGUCUGGCCACGCCCCCAGCCAGUCCCUCCAGGUCUACAGCAUCCUCUCGGCCAAUGAAGUCAUUUCUCAGUCGGGGUCUUCCGUUGACCUCUUUACCAAAACAGUCAGCCCGCUUGGCAAUCUCGUGGCUCCCCGAGGAGAGUCCCAGGAAUACGACUCAGGAAACGACACCUCCUCCCCACCCUCCGCAAGGACCAGCUCCUUCAGUCCCCAGGAUGGCCAGGACAAAGGGAGCCCCGGCCGGCCCGGAGGCGGCGGGGGUGGCUUGGCCGCCGUCAAGCCCAAACUACUGCUCACCAGUGAUAACAGCUCCGAUUCGGGGAAUUCCUUCACUACUUGUUCUUCCCAGACCAAGGGACCCAGUUUGGAGACUCUCUCUUCAGGGCCCCAGGCCACGGACUCAAGAGGAUUCCAGUCACCAUGCCUCGGCUGCUCGGAUGUAAAGAAGCUGAGUCCUGCCCCCUCCCCAGCCCGGACCUCCCCACUGAGAGCCUGCUCUCGGGGUAGCUCCUACAGCAGCCCUGCUAGGUCCUCCCCAGCCUCCAGCCACUCCUCCCCAUCACCGAAUCACAGGGGGCCCGCCCCCAGGUACACCCGAAGCCGCUCAAGCUCCUCAGGGAAGAGGUCCUACACCCGAUCUCCCAGCUACUCAUCCACAUCCGGCAAGCUGAGUCCAGUAAGCAGAAGCCCCCGGCCCCGACGGAGUCCCAGUUACACCCGGUAUAGCCCUAGCAGAGACAGAGAAAGAGACCACAAGUACGGACCCAGUGAAAAGGAGCCGCCACGGGAACGAGAGAGGAGACGGCGGCGGUCUUACUCCCCCAUGAGGAAGCGCAGGAGGGACUCCCCCAGCCACCUGGAGGCUCGUCGGAUCACAAGUGCCCGGAAACGCCCCAUCCCCUACUACCGGCCCAGCCCCUCCUCCUCCAGCAGCCUCAGCAGUUACUCCUCCUGGGACAGCAGCAGCAGCCGGAGCCGCAGCCGAAGUUACUCGCGCAGCAGCAGCAGCAGCCGCAGCCGAAGUAGCAGCGAGAGCAUCAGCAGCGACAGUGACGGUGCCAGUGAACCUGGGAGCCACAGCCGGAGUUACGCCUCUGAGGGCAGCUACGAGAGCACAGGCCGCUAA